AUGUCCAGCUUGAAGCGGCUCUUUGGUGUACCCAAGAAACAAGUUACUCAUGAUACGGCCACAGAGGCAUUGCAGGCGGCGGAAGAGCAGUUAAACAAGAAGCAAAUUUUCUUGGAGAAGAAAAUAAAUGAGGAGAUUACCAAAGCCAAGCAGUUUGGUCUGAAAAAUAAACGUGCCGCAUUGGAAUGUUUGCGAAAAAAGGCUUUAUAUGAAAAACAGUUGGAACUAAAUGAUGGCGCUCUUAUGAAGCUUCAAGCUCAGCGUAAUGCUCUUGACAGUGCGUUAAUGAACAAGAAUAUUCUGGACACAAUGAAGACGGUCAAUUCGGCUAUGCAGAAUAUUCACAAGGACAUGGAUGUCGAUAAAGUUCAUGAUUUAAUGGACAAUGUUAAUGAGCAGCAGGAGAUUGCAAAUGAAAUUGCUGCUGCUAUUUCCAUGCCUACCGGACCAGAUCUGGUUGAUGAGGACGACCUUCUUCGCGAAUUGGAAGAGCUCACAGAAGAAGAUGUUGCUGAGAAGCUCCUUGACGUUCAUGGUGUUGAUGAGCUUCCCGCCAUUCCUGUUGGGGAACCUACCGGCCCUAAAUCGAAGUCAAACGCUCUUAAUCGUGUUCAUUUCAGCCUACUGAGUAAUAACCACGCGCGAUACCUCAAAAAAAACGGAGGAGGCUUCGGAAUUGGCCAAUUUAGAAAUGUGGUCGGCUUGAAUAUUCUCGUUCCUUCAACCGGAUGUAACGAUUGCCCGCUGGGGAAGCUCUUCAUCCUUCCACAUGUGUAUACGUCUUUUUGUGCGAAGGCGGUGAUCGUUCCCCUUUGCAAUACGAAUCCUAUCUUUCGCUUCUCCCAACAUUCUUUUCAGUUUCCUGACAGCCUCUAUUUCUUGAAGCAAAAAACGAUAGUAUUUUGUAUGUUUAUCCUCUGCUUUUUCCUCCUUGCUCGAUGUGCGCGCGUGCAAGAGGUCUCUGAUGCCGCCAUUCUGCUUGUAGAGGGCUUCAAUGGGGGCUCACAUAAACAGCUCAUCUCUACCAUCGAGAGAUCAUUGACUGAGAAAGGGGAAAGUGUGUGUGUGGUAUCUCUCCCACCCACUAAGUGGCAUUGGCGAGCUCGAACUGGAGCGCUUGCGUUAGCAGCUCUGAUCCCCAAAAGCAUUUGCCCCAACGGUGGCUUCCGCGUUCUCUUCACCUCCGCUGUGUUCUCCCUUCCCGAACUGCUGGCGCUGCGACCCGAUCUUGCGACCAUACCGCAGAAGUACCUUUACUUUCACGAGAAUCAACUGACCUAUCCACUGAGGGAGGAUGGAGAAAGCGCUACGAAACCAGACUACCAGUUUGCAUACAUUCAGGUGCUUUCAGCCUUAGCAGCCGAUCUGAUCCUCUUCAAUUCCGCCUUCAACAUGCACUCAUUUUAUGAACGUCUGCCCGCUUUUCUUGCCGCUGGCUUACCUACACCACCAAGUCCUCGAGUGCCGGAGCCACAAGGAUUGGUGGAGAAGCUUUUGAAACCCAAAUCUCGAGUCCUUCACUUCCUCGUCGAACCACCUCCACUGCCGCUGCCCAUUCACGAUAAUGCAGAGGAUUUUGAAGCUGCUGUACGCUCCCAAGCAGAACGAAUCAGAGCGAGAGGUCAAGCACCGCUGAGAAUUUUAUGGAAUCAUCGGUGGGACUACGACAAGAACCCGGUUGAUUUCUUCAAAGUCAUUUUUGACCUCGCCAAAAUCCACGUAGAUGAGGCGUUUUUCGAUCUCGGCAGAUCCACUCUACGGCCUUCCACUGGCGAUACCAUAGCACCUUCUGAAAUGGAUUUAUCUUCACUGCCUUCAGAACAGGCGCAGGCGAGAUUUCAACUUAGCGUUCUUGGCGCUGCCAGCCAUGACAUACCGCGGAUCUUCCCUAUGGCCGAGACCUACCUUCGUCGCACAGGUCAUAUCGCUGUCUGGGGUUUCGUUGACUCACGAGAAGCCUACUGGUGCACAUUGGCUGAUUGUGACGUGGUUGUUUCAACUGCGAACCAUGAAUUCUUUGGCGUCUCAGUGGUGGAAGCAGUUGCAGUGGGCUGCGUACCUCUUUUACCCCAUAGGUUAGCCUAUCCAGAGUUGUUAGUACAAGGACCACCGUCGUCAGACUGUGUCUACCGUACGUUGCCCCAAAUGCGGAAAAAGUUGAAAUGUUGGAUUGGUGCGCCGAACAGGCUACGAGAGCGAGCAGCCAAAGCACUACUGACGGCUUAUGACUGUAUGGUGGCAGGGACUGAGACGUGGCUCAAAAAAGGCGUGCUAUCGCAUGACGGCUUGCGACAAGAGUAUUUGAAACUCUUCGGUGUUGGAUGA